AGUAGCUCAUUUCAUGGUAAAUCCUGUUAAGUAAUUAGUGUUCUGCUUUUAAGAUUAGUCGUGAUUUGUUUUCAGAGUGGCGCAGCGGAAGCGUAAUAGGUCGUGUUCUGUUCCUAGAAAGUGAUGAGGCAAUUGUUUUGUCUCGGAUUGUGUGAAGCCACUCACCACUUGAUAUGGUCCUCAAUUUGAGUUUUGGGGACAAAACUCCUUUUUAGGAGGGUUUUUCCUUGUCCACCAUUUCAAGAAGUGAAACCGAGGACGGGGAAACCACAGGAAGUGACGAGUUAGAAGGCUAGCCAUAUUGUAAUUGGAUAUAGAUUUUCAAAAUAAAUCAUGAUCUUGUAAGCUAGAGUGUAUUUGGAGAUUUUAUGAUAUGAGAGAAUUUUAUAAUUUGAUCUUCAGAUUUUGGUGAAAAAGAGGAGAGGAGGACAAGAUGAGGAAGGUGAGGAGUUUGAGGAAGAAGAAAAUCCAGAAGACAUUGAAGAAGGAGCUCCCUCACAACCUACUUCAUAUGAAGUUCUUCAAAUAUAAGCACAAAAAGAGGAAUUCAACUCAUUCUCAAGAAGUUUGCACACAUGGAGAGGAAGCUCGAUGAGCACAUUCAAGAGUGUCAGAUGGCAGAACCUUCUCGUCCUCAAGUGAGAAUGGGAGAUCUGUCUACUGGUGGCCCAUCAUCAUUACAGGAACCAACCAAUCCCAUUUCACAUCCGGAAGCAUAAAAAUAUAUGGUUCCAAUUGUUGAUGCCUUUUCAAUUAACAUUUUACUAUUUGAACUCUAUGUUUGAAGGUUCUUUCUUUUCUUUUCUUUUUUAUGUUUUCAGGUUGAAGUUUUCCUUAUAUGUAAAUAUAAUGUUGAUAGUAGAUUACUUUAAUUUUAAUGAAUUUUUAUAAAUGCC